UGAUUUACCCUUUUUUGUAAACAGCCGAAUAAGCACCUGGGAGAAAGCCACGCGGGAACAGUGGGGAGGGUUGCUUUGGGUUGGGCGCCGAUGAUAGUUCGCCGAGGGUACUACCAUUUUCAGUGAUCGAUUGAACUCAAAGGCUGCCAGGGUCGCUGCAAUGGACAAAGGGAAGUCGGCUGCGGAGCCGGCCCUGUCGGAGCGCCAGACCUCCGCCAGGAAACGAGAGGCUGCCGAGCCGGACGGACACAAGCCCAACAAACUGCGCAAAACAAAGGAGGCGGACGAGCCGCCGGAGACGGACUCGGGCUCGGAGAGCCGGGACAGCGGCGGCCGGGGCGCCGAGGGCCGCGGCCAGGACACGCCCUCGGCCAAGUCGGAGCGCGAGGACGAGCCCGACUCGGAGCAGGAUGACCUCGCCGCCGCCACAGGCUUCCACGGCUUGGAGGGCGCUGCGUUCCAAAGCCGCAUGCCUUCUGACAAGCUGACCUCGCUGGAGGCCUCCUGCCUUCCGGACAUCGCGUCAGGGGCGCCGCAGACGCAGAAGCUGUACCUCUACCUGCGCAACCGACUGCUGCAGCUGUGGAUCGAGAGCCCGAAGGAGGAGCUGACGCUGGCCUCAGCACUGGCGAGGAUCGAGCCGCCCUACAACACCGACACCAACCUCAUCCAGCGCACGCACGCCUACCUCCAGCGCCAGGGCUACAUCAACUUUGGCAUCUUCAAGCGCUUGCUGCCGGUGCCGACCGAGAAGAAGGGCCGUGUGCUGGUGGUCGGCGCCGGCAUCGCCGGGCUGACCGCCGCCAGGCAGCUGCAGCAGUUCGGCAUGGACGUCACCGUGCUGGAGGCCCGGGAGCGCGUGGGCGGCAGGAUCGCCACCUUCCGCAAGGGCAACUACAUCGCCGACCUGGGUGCCAUGGUGGUGACGGGGCUGGGCGGGAACCCGAUCGCCAUCGUCUCCAAGCAGAUCAGCAUGGAGCUUCACAAGAUCCGCCAGAAGUGUCCGCUCUACGAGAGCAGCGGCAGCCACGAGGUGCCUAAGGACAAAGACGAGAUGGUAGAGCGCGAGUUUAAUCGCCUGCUAGAAGCCACCAGCUACAUCUCCCACCAGCUCGACUUCAACUAUGUGGGCAACAGGGCGCUGUCGCUGGGCCAGGCGCUCGACUGGGUCAUCAAGCUGCAGGAGAAGGCAGUGAAAGACAAACAGCUUGCCCACUUCAAGCUGAUCAUCUCGCUACAGGAGAAGCUGAAGGCCAACCUGCACCGGCUGUCCGAGCUGGGUGACCGCAUUCGUCAGCUGCAUCAACAGCACAAGAAGCUCAGCGAGGAGAAGACCGGCAAGGACAUCACCCAGGAGUUUGUCAUCCGCACCAAACGCUACGAUCUGACGUGCGCGCUCAAGGAGUGGGACCUGCUGCACGAGCAACAGAAAGAGAUCGAAGAGAAACUGCACGAGUUAGAGGCCUCCCCACCCAGCGACGUGUACCUGUCGUCGCGGGACCGCCAGAUCCUGGACUGGCACUUCGCCAACCUCGAGUUCGCCAACGCCACGCCGCUGUCGAAUCUCUCGCUGAAGCACUGGGACCAGGACGACGACUUCGUCUUCACUGGCAGCCACCUGACCGUGCGGAACGGCUACUCGUGCGUGCCGGUGGCCAUGUCGGAGGGGCUGGAUAUCCGCCUGAGCACGGCCGCCACCAAGAUCGCCCACGACCGCGCCGGCGUCACCGUCGAGACCAGCAACCCGCGCACCGGCGCCACCGCCGCGUUCCAGGGUGACGCGGUGCUCUGUACGCUGCCGCUGGGCGUGCUGAAGCAGUGUUUCGCGCCGGCCGGCGUCACCAACGCACCCCGCUUCGAGCCGCCGCUGCCCGAGUGGAAGGCGGCCGCCAUCGACCGGCUCGGCUUCGGCAACCUCAACAAGGUGGUGCUCUGCUUCGACCGCAUGUUCUGGGACCCCAACUCCAACCUGUUCGGCCACGUGGGAAGCACCACCACCAGCAGAGGCGAGCUGUUCCUGUUCUGGAGCCUGUACAAGGCGCCCGUGCUGCUGGCUCUGGUGGCCGGCGAGGCGGCGGCCAUCAUGGAGACCGUCACCGACGCCGUCAUCGUCGGCCGCUGCAUCGCCGUGCUCAAGGGCAUCUUCGGCAGCAGCGGCGUGCCGCAGCCCAAGGAGACGGUGGUGACCCGGUGGCGGGCCGACCCGUGGUCACGUGGCUCCUACUCGUUCGUGGCCACCGGCAGCUCCGGCAACGACUAUGACGUCAUGUCGGCGCCCGUCUCGCUGCCCACGCAGGGCGACCAGGCUCAGGUGAAGCCGCGUCUCUACUUUGCCGGCGAGCACACGGUGCGCAACUACCCGGCCACCGUGCACGGCGCCAUGUUCAGCGGACUGCGAGAGGCCGGCCGCGUCGCCGACAACUUCCUCGGGCCUUCGUACGGACCACGGCCCUGAGCAGGAGCCUCGUACGGGCUGCCGCCAUGAGGAGCCUCGCACGGACCACGGCCCUGAGCAGAAGCCUCGUACGGGCUGCCGCCAUGAGGAGCCUCGCACGGACCACGGCCCUGAGCAGAAGCCUCGUACGGACCGCGGCCCAGAGCAGAAGCCUCGUACGGGCUGCCGCCAUGAGGAGCCUCGCACGGACCGCGGCCCAGAGCAGAAGCCUCGUACGGGCUGCCGCCAUGAGGAGCCUCGCACAGACCGCGGCCCUGAGCAGAAGCCUCGCACGGACCGCGGCCCUGAGGAGCUCCGGAGCUCCUCAGGGCCGCAUACGAGCCUCACACGAGUCACGACCUGAGCAGGGCUUGGUCGGAAAAGACAAGGAAGCCCCUGAGGUGGCCGCCGCUCGGCUGCUCGGCUCCUGUACGCCUGCACCGGGCCAGACGGACUGCAUCUCGGCGUCACUCUGUACCGGCAUCCAGCCGCAUGUCGGGUGUGCGGCUCCAGCUCUGUCCUCGCGAGGGGAGCCCGAUGCGUCCUCCCACGGCACCGUCGGUGGGACGGAGCGCUGUGUAACGGAUGCCGUGUGCCCAGCAGUCGGCUGCUGUGUCGGCGCCGACUUCUACUCUGCGCACGCCGACGGCCCAGCCAGCAGCCUACGCCACCGACCCCGCUGGCGGUCUGGUGCGCUGAAGCGGCCGCCCAAAGCCGACAGGGGACGGCGGCUCCCCCAGCGACGCGUGCACGUGCUGAGAGGCGCGUUCUGCUUGCGCGUUAUGACUUCCAACCACUAGGAUGUGUACGCGGGCUCAAUUAGUCCUUACGAUUUUCUGUUUGAGCGGUCGAGAUCUCACACGAGCGCCAGACUCGGUCACAGGUUCCUGGGUGCUUACGCCAACAUGUCUUGCUGGUUGAGCGCAACGGUGGCAGAGGAUGGGCUCGCAUUCUUUGUACUUUCAGUGACGCUGAACCUGCAAUGUGUCUCAGUGUCUGCAGUUGCCAGCGCUUAGAUGACAUGAAGGGCGCUUGCCUGCGUCAGUCAAAUGAAAAGUCGGACUUCGCCGCCCUUUGUGUCGCUAAAUGUGUCAAGAUACUGGCUAUUGCCAUACGCACCCAACCUUCAUUUUUAAUACACAUGGUGUCUUGUAA